CGUGGAAAUCAAUAAGCUUGACUCGCGGCAAUGUCGUGUGCAGAUUACGACAGUCGGCUCCCGAGGGAGAGAUGGCCGUCGAGUCAAAGUCAAAGGAAUGAUGUGAACGCGGGCUGGCCGUGAGCCCACCGUCACAAAGGAACCACCGGAAGCACCGAAGAGCCCGACGAAUAACGAGGAGCCAUGGGUCGGCACGCCAAGUGGAAGCUCGCCGUCGUCGCCGGAAUAUCUCAGUGCUUAGUUUACGCAGAAGCAAAAUACUGUGCUCUUGAAAUACACGGAGAACCAAGAUACUACGCAUGUCCAAAAAAUGAGUACUGCUGCAACUUUGGUUGCUGCGUAUCUCCUGGAUUCCAAAUCUAUCAUUUGUGGUACUAUUGGCUCUUGGUGAUAAUCAUGUUCCUGGUGUGUUCUGGCGGUGGGUGGUGGUAUCGAUAUUGGCUCCAAGGGAGAUACAGAGCCGCUGCCUCGGCCAUUCCAAGUAGAUCUUCCAAUUCCAGAACUCAGAACCCUCUCCGAGGCCCCACAUGCCAAGCGCAGCAAGCUCGCAUUACGUACAAUUCCGCUAGAAAUACCGUCCUACUCCACCGUAUGUGGAAAGGUCCACAUCGCAACAUGGCGUCGUCAGGGUACAACGGCGCCGCGAGCAGUUCGGCUCACUUCCAGAACACCAGUGUGGUCCUGAAUGAUAGCAACUGUCCUUAUUAUCAGCUGUACGGUCCUCCGCCAAGCUACGAGACCGUGAUAGCGCAGACUCGGGGCAAAAUCCCGAGCCCCACAUCGCCAGAGGGCUCGAGGUCGCCCUUAAGCCACGCCUCAGGGCGGGCGCAGACCCUCCCACCGUGCUUUAACCACGCCUACCCGCCAACCAGACUCAACGGCGUACUUAUGGACGGGCUGCGAUUGGGCAGUGUCCCGGGAAUAUCUAGAAUGCCUCCAUUAGAUAGUCGCGAUGCAGCGUGGUUCCCCAAUGUCCCGCGACGGUGCGCUGGUUUCGCCAUGAGAUUACCAACGGUCUGCCGUGGGGACGACGUCACUAGAAACGCCUUCAAACUAUACCACACCAUCAACACAUUCGAGACAUUCAACGUGGACAGGCCACUGGACCCAUCGGAGGUAGAAAAUGUCCCCCGCAGUGACGAGUCCAGCCCAGAGAGGUACACGAUCUUGAGCAUAGACUGUGCCAGCGGUUCGGGCCAGGAACCAUCGGAAUCCUCCCCUGGGACAGAAAUCCCUAGGGUGCACACGAAGCCGGAAUUGGACAAAGUGGUUCCCGAGGAAGCAGAUUCCGGGCGUAGGAGAGGCUCCCAGGUAACGGAAGUGUCGAGGAAGUGCGAGAACCAAGAAGCGUCCAGUUCCUUAAAGUCAGGUCCAGGGAAUCCUCGAGGGUCCACAAGGAAGAGCUCGAGGAACGCCGAGGGAGGCAACCUGAAGGAACGAAGUAAUUCCAGGUCGCUCCUGGAUUCGAGGGAUCAUAAAAAGGGAAGCCAGGUCGAGGGUAGACGUGGCGAGGACCUCUGGAAGCGCCGCUUCCUCGAGAACGAGCCAAUAGGGUCGUCGAUAGACCCGAAGGGCAUGGCGUCGGAAGGGGAGAAACGACUGGUGAGAGCCGGUCUCUGGAAGCCACGUCUACCGGAGGAACCGCAACCAGUAGGCGGUUCACGGUUUGCCAGGGGCGGGUCGCAGACUGGGAGUGGGCUUGGCUUCGGACGCCAGAUGGGCGGAAACUUUUCCAGGCCACUCCCACCUGGGGAGGAAAAGGCGGAUACUUCACCGGGGGAAUCCAUCUCUACCGCAGCUCGACUUUCUCCGGACGAUACUCGAGCGAUGUCGCAGUGCGCCGCGAGCUCGCCAGGCGGCGCCGCCAGUCCGUCUCGUUUAAAUCCAUCCAAUAAUGUGAUAUUAGCUCCACUUACUUCUAACGUCGAAGCGACGCGGCAAGGCAGGAAUUCGCCGCUCCCAGCCAGGGGGACGAACUUAAGUUUAACAUUUGAAAGUAAACAGAGGUUAGACAGGUCGAAGUCUCUCGACUGAGCCACGCUACAAGCGCAACAACGUCAUGUCUGUACAUAUCUGGGUCGUGUUACUUGUUCGUUAGAUCUGCAUAUUUCGUAGUUGUGAAUCGCACUUUAUUUCCGGGCAGGAAUCCUGCCGCUAUUCAGUUGGGAAUCUUCUUUUAUACCGAAUAGUCGUAAUAUUUUUUAUCUCAGGUAGAGUCAACUUUGGGGUUAAGUUGUACCGAAAUUGCCGCGGGAAUCGGAUCUUGGUCUUUGUGUUCCAUGUUCGAAUUUCUCGUUCGUUUCCAGAGUAGCGCUCGCUCGGUACGUCCAAUUUCAACGUGGCCUUCAAGCUUUAAGUCAGGAAAACGAAAAAUCUCUGCCGUUGUAAACGAUGACCUUAUUUUUACCUACUUCGCAGUUCCGAAUGCAGAUGUCGCGUGACCAAGUUUCCGCUCUAAUGUGAUGCAUGUCAUGGACUCGUAUGAUUGGUCACAUCCGAUACCGAAUAUCACGUUAUUGGUCACUUAAGUAAAUAAGAAAGACGACCAAUCGCAUGCGCGUUACGCGUUUCACCUAAAAGUCUAAAAAUACGUCAGAUGCACAAAUUUAGAAUGCGUUCCGAUAUCAGCUGUGCGGCAAUUCUAUUGCAAUUGUUCCAGAAAUUGGAACUGUGUUACGAUUGGAAACUAUCCGGAAAGUGCAUCAAACGUUACGGGAUUUUUCAAUGUUUUGUAAUAUUACCAACGUGUACCUAAAGUUGCCAAAACUGAGACUGGGCGGUUUUUGAAGGCAGGAUUUAAUUAUUUAUGUUUAAUUUUUAUGUACUCGCACGUGUCUGGAAUUCAAAAGAUCUACGGUAGAUCGCCAGGAUCCGAAAUCUUCGAGGAUCUGGCGGGAUUUUUCGGAUUUUCAAAUUUUCAAAUCGUACGUAGCUAUAGCGAGAGGAAGCCGAAUCGCAUUUAAAUAUCGCGAAUUGAUUUCCUUAUUAAAACUCUCGAUGGAGCGCUAAUUGUAACGAGGAUCCUUGUCUUAAUUAGCGCAUGCAUGAAUGAAAGGGAGAGAGUGAAAUAGUGAAAAUGAUAAUCGAGCGAAACGCCGUGAAAACACGAGAAAAAAAAUCGACGUUUGUGGAUCUCGCCAUUUUAGUGUUCACCUAGAACCAAAACUAAUGUAUCCUAUUAAUAUUCGGCUUUUCGCGAAAGACCGGGCGCAGUUUUUGUUAAAGGAGAUGUUAAAGGAGAUGCUGUCAAAUGAAAUGUUCAUCCAGGAAAUGAGCUGCGCCUUGUAAAAGCAUAUCGAUUGUACUGUGAUUUACAUCUCUCUCGAUAAUUUAUCACUUUUAAUUUGACUGCCGCGGAUAUAAGGAGACAUGAUUUGUAAAUAUGACGCGAUUCAGAAUUGUUUAAUGUGCUUUUGGCAACGCUUCCGUGCCGGAGAUAAAAUUAAUUUAGCGAAUUAAAAUUUCUUACAGCUGUACGAAAUUGAUAAGAGGUUUUAUCUACAUGAUUCCACGCGUGGGAAGAAUUAUUCACUGUGAAAAAUGUCUGAAAUUUAUCUCUAGACCGCGAUUAUUAUUUCUUUGGAUAGUUCAUUUCCGGCAGCGGAGAGAGAAACGGAGAGUUAUUAAUAAAGUCAGUGUUUUGCGGGGUUUGCGUUCUUUUUGCAAAUAGCGGUCCAAAAGCGCAUGUGCCAAUGGCGAACAAAGUCUCAAAAUGAGGUAUCGCAAUCAAUGAGACGAUCGUCAUCUAGCCAGGAAUGUCACGACAGCAAAGAUAAACAGAAUUAUUUUUUGGUACCAGUCCUAAUCACUCGUAAGAUGGUCGUUUACCUUAAGCUAAGCUAUAAGUAUCUUAAUGUUAAGCGCGGCACGAAUUUCGCCACUUUUCGAGAAGCCGAUGCGGACGUCGUCGAAUUUUCAAAAAUCCUCCACUCUUAAGUGGUUAAACCUGUACUUUUAUUAUUUAUUAUCCGUAUUGGCAGGACCGUUUAACUCGUUACAAAUAAUCGCUUCAUUAACGGUUGCCAGGCAACCGGCAUUUUGGAUAAACGCGAGAAAUUACGGGAUCUGUCUUGAAAAAGUUCUUGUACGAUUUUUCAUCUUUUCUUAAUGCCAGCGGGAAAACUUGAAUUUGUCGAAGCAUUAAUUCAUACAAUAACGGGUACUUGUAUAACCUUGUCAAUUGAUUUAUUCCAUUGUUCAUGUACACCUUUAAGUGGGCAUCGCUACGUGAUUUGGAAACGUCAAAAAACGUCCGCGAAAUUUUGUCCCUUGUACAUAAAUGGAAUGAUUAAAAUACACCUUUUCUAUUACGAGAGGAUCGAUGGAACGUGGUGACUGUAAUUCUGAAUUAUGACCGGGGAGAAGGAAUGCGAAAGUUCUAAAAAUUUGUCCUAAUCGUAGUGUGAUCCGUACAGAUGCAAAACUGCAGACAUGCAAGAAACGCGCGUGCCGCUUUUAACGAAAAUGCAAUUUUCGAGAACAUCCCUUUACUGUAACGCGCAGUCAUUCGUAUUAAAGAAGACACUGUAAAGAAAGUUGUAUCUAAUGUAAAGACGUCUCGAUGAAAAUAAAGAC